CAGGGCUGAGUUCACUCUCUAGUACAGAGCGGUGGAGCGCUUCCUCUCCGGAACUUCAGCGAGUUCGGACCUCAGGCCAGUGCCACUACAGUUCUGGAUUCCUAGAGGCCGGGGUCCGCGUUCCCUGGCAUCCUGGACGGGUGACCGAGAAGCGCAGGGGCCACCUCCUCCGCGGCUAUGCGGAAGCCGGAUGGGAAGAUCGUGCUGCUGGGGGACAUGAACGUGGGUAAAACGUCCUUGCUGCAGCGCUACAUGGAGCGUCGCUUCCCGGACACGGUCAGCACCGUGGGAGGCGCCUUCUACCUGAAGCAGUGGCGCUCCUUCAACAUCUCUAUAUGGGACACCGCAGGGCGGGAGCAGUUCCACGGUCUGGGCUCCAUGUACUGCCGGGGAGCGGCCGCCAUUAUCCUUACCUACGAUGUGAACCACCCACAGAGCCUGUUUGAGCUGGAGGACAGAUUCCUGGGCCUGACCGAAACAGCCAACAAUGACUGCCUGUUUGCCAUUGUGGGGAACAAAGUGGACCUGACCACGGAGCGGGGCCCGGAGGGCGGGGAGAAGGAUCAGACCUCUGGGAAGACAGGCAGCUGUGUCUCCUCCAAGGUACCCAAGCAGGUGCAUCCGCAGGAUGCAAUGGCCCUUUACAAGAAGAUCCUGAAGUACAAGAUGUUAGAUGAGAGGGAAAUGCCGGCUGCCGAGCAAAUGUGCUUCGAGACCAGCGCCAAGACCGGACACAACGUGGACCUCCUCUUUGAAACCUUGUUCGACCUGGUGGUACCUAUGAUCACUCGGCAGAAGGCUGAGGAGUCGUCUCCGAUUGUGGAUAUAACCAUCUGCAAAGCACCCAAACAGACUCGAUCUGGGUGCUGUGCCUAACGGCAGGAGGUCUGUCUUGUCAUGUGCUAUGUGUGGGAGCCAUUGGGCUAAGAAGUCACACAGCGCUGUGUUCAGAGGACAAUGGACGAAUGACCACCAGCUGCUGAUACAGGGCCAGAGGACCCAGCAACCUCUGGGCAUCUGGAGGUGGCACUCAAACCUUCUGUGGAGCCAGCCUGGUGCCACCACAUCUACUGCCCUUUGCAUCUGUCUGUCAUACCAUCCCGGAGCCUGCAGUCUCAGGACCCGCCUUGAACUGGUCUUUAACUGCUAAGUCACUACAUCCUGCACCUGGUCUGUUCUCAGAGGCCUGUCUCCACUGUGAUUCAUAUAUGGUCUUCCUGUUUGAUACCCGUACCUUGAUGUGUUAUGAUGAUGAUGACUCUCCACGUUUAAUUUAUAUAAAUCAGGAACGGCUGUUUUUUUACUGGAUGAAGCCAGAUGGGCUAUACAUUAUUAAAAGAAACGAUUUGGGGGAAAA